AUGCUGCUGCACGUCUUGCUUCGGUUGGUGCGGCGUCUGCCCCUAGCGGGAGACGCCGCACCAGCAAGGGCAAGGGGGGCAAGGGCGCGGGUGGAGCUAGCGGGGGUGGUGGAGGUGGCGGUGGAGGCGGCGGAGGGAGUGGGGGUGGCGGUGGGAGUGGUGCCGGGGGUGGAGGUGGCGGUGGCAGCGGCGGAGGCGGAGGCGGCGGUAGCGGUAGCGGUGGUAGCGGAGGCGGCGGUGGCGGCGGAGGUGGAGGCGGCGGUGGUGGAGGAGGUGGAGCUGGUCGAGGUGGUACUUCUCACCGGAGCGGCUCCAGGAGUGGUGUGUCCCAGGUAG